GAUUUCUUUUCUCAUUUGCAGGCAACAUAUUUUACCAUGGCAUGCGUAACUCUAAAAAGGUCCUUAGAAUUUGAUCCCCUUCACCAUGGUACAUGCACCCCUCGACCCCACAAGAGGCGGCGUUGUGUGCCCAUGUGUGUGUCACCUCAGAGUGCAGCCGCAGCUUCUGCUCGCCACACAGAACCACAGUCACCAUUCUCUGAGGUCACACCCACUCUAACUGCAGAGCAAAUUGCACAAAAUGUGCGUGAAGAGAUCCGGAGGUUAAAGCGACGGAAGAUGCUGCAGUCUGGAGAGCGCAGCAUGGAAUGUGAAGGAGGCUAUGAGUCCCCAGCUUCUCCUCCAUCUCCAGCAUCUCCGGCGUCCCCUUCACUCUCACCGUCUCCAUCACCUGCACCCUCAUCAAGUACUGGUCUGGGAUCCCUCCACCACCACCAGCACCCUCAUCAUCCACAUCAUUCUUCUCUUGGAAAGGAUAAGCCUCUCUUCACUUUCAGACAGGUGAAUCUCAUCUGUGAACAGCUUCUGCGAGAACGAGAGGUGAAGAUCCGUGAGGAGUAUGACAAGGUAUUGGCUUCCAAGUUGGCUGAACAAUAUGAUUGUUUUGUACGUUUUACUACAGACCAGAUCCAACAGAGGCUCUCUCAGGCUGCCCUACCAAGCUAUCUUUCCUAAGGAAGAGAAAUGUUUGAUGUGGACUAUUGUGCCUUGGAAGGUACAAAGGUGGAAGUGGCAUGGUUGUUAAUACCCAAAAGUGUUAACAUUGUACAUAGAAAAUUACCAACCAGGAAGAGAGAUGUGUUCAAGAGUGUAUAGUGGUUACUGGCUGAGAUGGAUAUAGAACAAAUAUAUGAUGGUUAAAGCCAAGUGAUGAAAGUUUGGCAGUGUCAGGUUUCAUACUUUGUAUAUCCAUAUCAAUCAAGACUUGGUCAGUCCAAGAUGAAAGCUAAAGUCACCUGCAUAACGGAAAGCAGAAAUUAUGGAGACUUACAUGAAGAGUGGCAGCUUGGGUGACAAGUGUAAGGUAACUUCUGGUGCUCAUUGUGUGUGGCAUUCCUCAACCAUAGUGUGUACAUACCCUCUUAACUUGCCUCUCUGUGUGUGGCAGUCCUCAAACACUGUGAGAGUGAAUGUGUGCAUGCAUGAAGAAGUGUGUGAAUGUAUGAAUGUGAGAGUUAGUGAUUUUGAGUGUUUGUGUGUGUGUUUGUGUAUGUGUGGGUGUGUGUACAUAUUCUUAAACUUGCCUCCCACUUCAGUAAUGCAAGUGGGAGACAUAAAAAUGAAUAAAAAAAACUUCUAACUUGCCUUUCUGACUUAUGAUGCAAGUAGGUAUGAUGAUAUUUUUAACUUGCCUUCCUCACUUUUAUGCUAGUGGGGAUGAUGUAACCUCAUAAAAUGCAGUCCUAUGUAGUUUAUGCUCUUGAAUGAGUGGGAAUUACCUGUGUAUCAUCAUGAAAGAUGAAGUGAAACUAGUAAAAGAAUGAAUGAGUUCCUUCAGGUAUAUCAAGAGUUUGAAUUACUGGGCUGAAUCUUGUUAGGGGUUGUGCUGUAUAUUUCAAAAGAAUUGUCAAGGGUGAUAUAACUUCAAUUAUAGAUAAGUUAUCUCAUGUCUGACAAUGAAAGCCAUUUUGAUGCAAUUUUAACUACAGGAAGACAUCCAGAACUCUUGUACAUUUUUAAGUCAUUUGCAGUUUAAGAUAUCAGUUACUAAUCAAAGCAAUUGUAGUGAAUACAAUACCCAUUUCUGUUUCUGGAAAGUAACUGUUACAGCUAGUUGGUGUCUUCCUGUAGCAAGUGUCACAAUGGAGGUACUCUUAUAAAAGAGCUCUGGUAUUAACCCACCAUACAAGCCCAUAUCUCACUUAUACUGUUUCACUAGAGAUCUGUUGUAUGAUACUUGACCUAGGCAUAUGAUAGGCUUAUCAUUUUUCUGUUAUACUGUUUACAGAUCAAGAGUUGUAGCUCGUUAUUUAGUUUUAUGGUUUAUUAGAUCAUGCUAAAUGCAGCAGCCAACCUUUUUUUCUUUUCUUUUUUCUUUUUCUUUUACUUUUUUCUCAGAGGGCAAGUUAGAACUUGUUCUGUUUAAACCUUUAAAGUUACUAGAUGCAGGAAAGUCUUUUUGAUGGAAAUAUCAUUCACCUUUUUUUUUUUCUUUCUUUCUUUCUUUGUCAUUAUUUUUAUUUUUAUUUUUUAUUUUUUGUUUUGUUUUCUGGAACCUCAAACUGUAUAUUACAACUUUUUGGGACUUCGCAAAAAUAAAAAUCAUUGAUAUGAUAAGUGAAUUAUUAAAUAUUGACCUUUCUGUGAUGGGAUA